AACCAUAAAACUGAAUGACCGGACCGCCGCAACAGCAAUUGACGGGAACUGUGGUUGAGUCCUAAAGGCCAUCACCGGCCACGGUACAACCCUCCCCGAAGGAAGUACGUCCCGUCAUCGAUGGGAGGAGCCAGAUCCCCCACCUAUUAGUGUACCCUCCAGGGUGGCGAGAUCCAACCACCAUGCCGGAAACAUCUCAUCCUCAUUUCGAGGUGCCCCCUCGAGGGACCAUCAUGCUUAGUAAAUCAAAGUUUCUGCUCAUUUGCUUGGUGAUGUCGCAGGAGCACACACCACCACCCCCUCCUUCACAGAACGCAAGUUUCCAACGAGAAUCGAAGACCCCUCCUUCACAGACCGCAAGUUUCCAACGAGAACCGAAGAAAGAUGAAAGUUCAUUGCCAGUGGUUGGAGCGGAAGUUGCAGAGCGCGCCAGGGAAUUCCUUACGUGGACUUUUAAAGAUGUCUUCGACUGGAAUCCAAGAUACUUUCAACAAAUUAGAGGGAUCCUUAACAUUAUUGAAGUGAUCCUGAGUAUGUUUGUAAUGUCAUUGAUAGCGUCGGCUUGUCAAAUGCAGCCGUAUGUAGAAACACGUGUCACCGGGUUUUACUGCAAAUCUAGUGACACAUUCUUGUUUGCCGUCUCGACUAGCGCCUUCUUACAUUCCACACUGUUGAUGGUUUGUUGCUUGCUGUCGAAGAAAACGGAGAGCAGGCUGUGGAGUACCUCAUAUGAAGUUACUUUCUAUGUAUUUUAUUCCGUGCUUUACUUCAUGUCCUCAGUAUCACUGACAAGCAAUGUUAUAAACAGAAAUAAAGGAAAAUAUGAACAAGAAGAAAGCUACAACAAUACUCUAGCCGGAGGGGUUUUCGGCAUCUUCGCCUUCCUCGUUUAUGGACUCAGUGCAGCAUGGUUUUUUAUUCAUCACAAAAAUGUGGCAAAACAAGAGAGUUCAGAACCUGGCAGCAGCGUAUGAAAUAUUUAGAGUGAAAUCCAUAAGAAAAAAAUUGAGUCGGAAAAUCAGAGAACUAUUUUAAAUUAAUUUUCUUUUUUAUUAAGAAUUUUUUGAUUUUAUUUUUUCCUAUUAAAAAUAUUUGGUGUAUGAUUGUAGGAAUAAAUUGAGGUUGAACAAUAAAUAUAGAAAUUAUUGUGAUUUGAGCGGAAAGUAAAACUUAGCAAAGAUGAGUUUUGUUAUAUGUUGAAUUCAUAUGAUGGGACAAUACAAGAAGUCAUCGCUUACAAUGUACAAUUUCAUAAAUCAAAAAUUUUGAUCGAUUGAAACUCAACCCUCUACGUUUUUUUAUGUACACAGUUCGCAAAGAGGCCGAUCUCACAGCGAAUAACUCCAAAAAGACAUAAUAAGUAUAAGACAAUUUGUUUUUAUGAUACUUUUUCAAAGCUCUAUGAGAUCGAUCUCCGUCAGCGAAAUCACGGUUUACUUACUUAUUUAUUUUUUUACAUAAUGUGUGUGAGAUAAUACAUCUUUUUUUAUUUUGUUUUAAAGUAAAAAAUAAUUUAAAUAACAAUUUGUUUAGGUUUUUUUUUUCCUUAAAAAAAUUGUGUCAAGUCACUGCCUGCUUUUGUUUUCUGUUACAAAUUCUCCGGACAAUAUAUAUCCACGGCGACUGUCCACUGUCUGGACAGUCGCUUCAAUUAUUUUUUUUUAUUCAUGUGAGGAUUUUCUUUUGUAGUUAAAAACUGCAGAUACUGCAUACCAGAAAACAUAAGUUGUACAGUUGAAAUCUCGCGCCACUGUUCAGUGUGUGAAAUGGACCACAUUUCUGACGUGCUAUGUUUGCUUAUUUUCUACGCAUGUUGUAGUUACUAAGAAACACGCCAGAAAAGUUCCCUCCGAGCACAUUGAACGGUUGUGUUGAAAUUCAACCUGAUGCACUGAAGUAGUUGCUUUGAUUUAGUGGCUAAUGAAUUACGCGUUGGAUCAUAUCUACAGCUUUUCAAGUAUGACUUGAAAAUUUGUAAUUUCAUUUUAGGUAUAAAGAUCUUUAAAAGUAAAAAUUUCAAAUUUAGAAUGAGAAAGUAUUUUCCUAUCCUAAAAAUUAAUCAAUUUAAGUAAAUGGAU